AUGGCACCUCGACUCAACCUCUUCACGGCCAACAAGGCCGUCUCGGCCCUGCGCCAAUCCACCACUCCCGCACUCUCCUCCCCCCGGAGCAUCGCCAGCCCCGUCCGAUUCCGCGCCGUCCAGUCACUACCCAUUCAGUGCCGAUGGAACUCCUCGCGCGAUGGCUCAAAGAAGGUCGAGCCCCAGCCUGACCAGCAGACUUUCCCGACUGUCGACCAGCUGCCCGAUGUCACCGAGGAGGCCAACGAGAUCUCCCGAAUUAUGGAUAAGGAAAAGCGCUGUGAUGGUAUUCCUUCUACUCCGGAGUUGGAUCAGGGGUCGCCUGUUGAGGAGAUCCUCAGUCGCGAUAAGGACGCCUUGAAGCACAUGCCCAAGGUUAUGCGGGACGCAUUGAAGAAGUCUGGUGGCUCGCGCUCGUUCUCGACUUCCGCUCGGAGCCUCAUGAACGAUCUGCAGGGCACUGAGCCUAACAACGAGGCUAACCUUAUUCCCAAUGUGUCUGGACUCAAGGGUGCUAGUGAUGAGGCUGCUGCUGCUCUUGCUAGCAUGAUUGAGCAGGUGCAAGGUCAGGCUCUUGAGGAGAACCCUGGGCUUAAGUUCGAUCCGCCUGCUGUCCCCGAGGACCUGAAGACGUUGAACUUCCGCAAGCGCUACGAUACCAUGCAGGAUCAGUUCACUAAGAUGAUGAUGGAGAGUGGGAAAUUGACCAAGGCGCAGAAGAACAUGUCCCUCGUUCUGGAUCAUCUCCGCACCUCCUCUCCUCCCCAGAUUAACCCUCGUCGCCGUCUUCUCGGAGCUCCCCCUGCUUCCCAGCUCCCCCUCGACCCCGUUCUCUACCUCACUCUCGUCGUCGACUCCGUGGCGCCUCUCUUCCGAAUCCGUCAGCAGAAGGGUAUUGCCGGUGGUGGUACUGCCGUGCAGAUCCCCCACCCGUUGACUCUGCGCCAGCGCCGCCGUACUGCUAUCAAGUGGAUUCUUGAUGCAUCGGAUAAGCGACGUGAUGCGCUGUUUGCGAACCGUGUUGCGGCUGAGGUGGUGGCCGUCGCUGAGGGUCGUAGCGGUGUCUGGGAGAAGAGGGACCAACAGCACAAGAUUGGUAUCUCUGGUCGUGCGAACUUGAAUACUAACGUUCGUCGCUAA